AUGGCGAGACUCACGGGGUCGUGGAAGACCCUGUUGCCCCUUGCGCUUCUGGGAGGGCAGGGCUUUGCGCAAUCAUGUCUUGAUGCCAUCAACGACGGCCAGGUCGACGCCUGUGUCUGCAACGAGCUCGAAUACGUCGUCAGCUACGUCGCUUACGUCGCGCUCUCAACAUCGCUUACAUCCAACUGCGAAGCGCUACCGACUUCGACACUAAAGACUUCAGCAUCUUCCUAUACCUCGGUUUCGGAUCCCUCAGGGAACUCAUCAUCAGACGCGUAUGGGAAUGGAGGAACUUUCACAGAUAGGGGCAGCUUUGCUCAGGCGACUGCUGGGGGCAACUUCCUGCCCAGGAGACAGCUUCCAUCUGGCGCAUCGUCAUUCGAUUUCCGACUACCGUAUUACACUAUAACGAGGUCCGGAACAGCUUCGGCAACCCCGAUUACGGUGUCGAGCUUCAACAACUACACGAGUCUUUUCACAACAAACCCCAUCUCGACGGCCCAGACUCUGGUAGUAUCGACGCCAACCGCAGCCGCCUCCGACGACCGAUCACUCGCUCGUGGCACAAUCUGGGUCGCCAUUCCGGAUGGCAGGAUCGACUAUCCACCUCCAGUAACAUCGACGGUGUACUGGAGUGGGAAUGGCUCGCUCUCUGCUCCGUCUACGAUCUCGACUAUCCCGCCAAAGGCCGAGACUUACAUCGUCGCCAUCAACAGACCGGCCGAUGCCUCUGCGCAGAGCGAUUUUCCAGCGCAAAGCAAUGCCCCGUCACAGAGCGAUCCUCUUCCGCAGAGCAAUGUUCCGCAGAGCAAUGUACCCCAGAGCAACAUUCCUCAGAGCGAUAUCCCUCAGAGCAAUAUCCCCCAGAGUGAUGCUCCCGCGCAGAGCAAUGCUGCGACACCGACCGACGUCACCUUCCCGCAGAGCUAUGAUCCUGCGCAAAGUGAUAGCCCCUUGCCGCAGAGCAAUGCGCCCGCGCCGAACGACCCGAGACCUUUCGUCACAUCGGUUGUUCAAUACUCCGGCUCUGCCUCAGUCAACGGCCCGACGACAGUUAGCAUCAUUUCUCCGGAUGGUGAUCAGGCUGGAACAGUUGUGGUGGCAGUGCCCCCGAUUGCUUCCGCCGGAGGAGGCUCACCUCCUUCAUUCAUCACGUCCGUGGUGCCGAACCAGUCGCCGUCUGAACCUGGCCCGGGAGGAAAUGGCGUCAGUCAACCCCUUUUCAACAUUGGAACCGAGGGUUUGGUGGCUUCUCAGGUCACAACUGAGAUUGAGUACACAAACUCUCUGGCUGCGACCGUGACUGUCACCAGAACUCUUGAUGCUUUUGUUGCGACUCCCAGCGGAACUCAGCCCGGUACAGUCUUCGUCAUCCAAGCGCCCUCGAACGCUGCGAACCCAGGUGCGGGAAGCACAGCGGGUACGGGUCCUGAUGGUCAGCCCCUUGAAGCCUCUUUUGCACCCGGCUCAGGAGCAACGGCAAACCCGAACCCAGGAAACCCUGCUGCUAGCAACGAUCCUGCACGAGGCCCUGCUGGAACUGGUGCGCCGGGUCCGAACGCUACUGGAGGCAGUGGACCGGGUCAGAACCCCGGCCAAUCUGGAUUACCGCCAUCCGGCCCCCAAGCUUCCCCCGCGGCUACGCCCGGAGGGUCAUCUCCUGGAGGCCCAGGUGACGUGGUUCAGCCCGGUCUUUAUGUGACUUCUGAGAUCCAGUACACAGGGACUCUCCAACUCCCAGGACGUGUAACAAUCUCUUCGAUUGCUCCGCAAGGGACGGCGUUGGGCACGAUCAUCGUUGCUGUUCCUCCCGGCCAGGCUUCAAACGGUGGUUCUGCUGGUCCUUCAAAUGGCGCCCUUCCGAACAACCAGUCACCGGCCGGUCAGCCAAACAACGCAGACCCAACAGCCUUCUUCAACACCCUGGCCGCACCUGGCGCGACGGGCGCUACCGGCGCUGGCAAUGCUGGCUCGGGAGCAUCAGCUCCUGUCAACGGCGGAACUCCUGGUGCUCCAGCAGCAACCGACCCUGCAACUGGACAGCCGCUGACAAACCCCGAUGUCUUGUCCGCGGCAGCAUACAUCACAUCGACCGUCACUUCCGCUGGCCUUAGUGUGCCGAGAACUACCAUCGCGACUAUUGCCCCUCAGGACUCCCGGCCAGGAGUGUUCGUUGUUGCGGUCCCGAAUAACCCAGUCAAUUCUGGAGGGUCAGCUGUUCCUCAGUCCAACGCUCCUGGUGCUCAAGCUCCCGGAGAAACUGUUCUGGCUCAGACUGUUCAGCCACAAGGUGCUGCGUCUUCAGCUGGAGCUCAGCCCAAUGUUCCCGACGCUCAGUCCAACGUUCCGGGAGCCCAGUCGAAUGUUCCAGGAGCCCAGUCCAACGUUCCUGGGGCUCAGUCUAAUGCUCCUGGUGCGCAAGCCCCUGGACAAACUGUUCUGCCUCAGACCAUUCAGCCUCAAGGUGGUGCUUCCUCGGCCGGAGCUCAGUCUAAUGUUCCCGGUGUGCAGGCUCCCGGGGCAACUGUGCAACCCCAAAGUGUUCAACCUCAAGGAGCUGCUUCUUCAGCUGCGCAGGGUAGUGUACCGGGACAAGCUGGGUCCCAAGGCGGUGUCAAUCCCGGUGCGACUGCAGCAACUCCGGGUGCCAACACCGUCCCGGGAGCCGGAGAUCCCUUGGCUCAGGGAAUUAUUACUGUCACCUCUACUGUUUUGUUUACGGGGCCGGGUCAGAUCACUGCUCCGACAGCAAUCUCUACGAUUCCAGCCAACGGUAAUAACCCGCCGACUGUUAUUCAGGCAAUUCCUGAUCUCUUCGUAACUGUUACCAUCACCGUCACCGCAGCGGACCCGACUCUUCAGCCGACGGCUUUCUCUACGGUGCAACCGACAGGGAACACUCCCGGUACAGUUCUAGUAGCAGCACCGGCUUCAUUCGUCACAUCACGAGUGCUCUUCACCGGUCCCGGCUCGAUCUCAGCGGCCACCCCAAUUUCGACGAUCUUGCCUCAAGGGACCACGCCAGGAACAAUCAUCUUGGCGCAACCCUUCGUGAGCGUCACAUCAUCCAGGCCUGGCAGCACUGCUAGAACCGGACCAGUGGGCACGGUAACAGUUGUGACUACGAUCUUCCCGUCCAACGGCCCUGCAACGGUAGUCUUUGCUGAGCCCGACCCGACAGCUCCGCUCUUCGGCUCCUUCGUGACAUCUGUUGCGAGUGCCGCGAGUAACAUUGCGUCUUCAGCUCUUGUUCCGGUGUCUACUGUCUUGCCACAAGGUUCAGUUCCCGGAACGAUCGUGUUGGGACAAUCCGCCGCGCAGACACAGCCUGCUCCAGCUAGCAGCGGAGGCGCAUCGCCUGCCAACACCCCAUCAGGUGCAGGAACAUCACCAACGGCGUUGGCCAACUCCAUCGCUAAUGGUCAGUCCUCACCUGCUGCUGGUGGUUCUCAAGCGGUGUCGUCCCCUGCUGGUGCUGCGACAUCGCCACCGGCUUUGGCCAAUUCCAUUGCUAGUGGCCAGUCCUCGCCUGCCGCUGCUGCUUCGCAAGCUGUGCCAUCAUCAUCUGCUCCGGGUAUCCCCAAUACGGGCGGACAGGCUGCUUCACCGGGGGCCUCUGCCGUAAGCUCGCAAGUGCCUUUGGACAACUCUCUCGGAAUUACUGGACCAACAACUCUUGCCACUGCUACCGUGGACCCCAACGAUCCUAACGGCACUCGGGGUGGUAGAGGUCUCGUGACUCGUCUGAUCACCUCAGCUGGUGUCACUGGAUCCACGACCGUAUCUACCAUUGUUCCCACGGACCCGCUGCUGGCAAUCACAGUUGUGGUCAUUGUACCGGCGCUUCAGCAACCUGCCAUAACUACUCCGGCUACUUCCAUCGGUAGAGGCAUCACAACCAGCUUCAUUACCUCUUCAGGGGUCACCGGAUCAACGACUGUCUCUACCAUCACUCCAACGGACCCGCUCCUGCAAAUCACAGUUGUGAUUAUUGUGCCAGCGCUUCUGCAACCUGCGGCAACUACUCCGGCCGUUUCGUCCGCUAAUACAGGUGUACAGGGGGCCUUGCAGACAUCUCCUGCUCCGGCCCAGUCAGCUACAUCAGUCCCAGCAGCGGUGUCAUCCUUGCUCGUGGACCCGGCGAUUCUAUCUUCAGCUAGCUCUGUCCUAGGUCAAUCUUUCGUUCCUACUCCGUCGAACUCGUCAUUGCCCCAGUCUUCUGCCGUGGCAUCUUCUGCGGCUCAGAGUUCCUCAGCUGGCCAGUCCAGUGUGCAGCAGCCAUCAACCACUCCCGCGGUUAGCUUGAGCGCUUCUCAACCCAUUUCAUCCUCGGUGGGAGGCACUCAAGUUGGGUCGUCUAACGCUGCGAGCAUCGCUCCUUCAAGCGACCCUGCUCUCGGACAGUCCUUUGUAAGCUCGGCUGGAGUUGGAACUUCAUCAGUUGAUCCAGCCGCUUCAUCGUCUGCAUCUGUGGGACCAGGAACGUUUGUUGCUAGCACCCCAGGCUCCAGCGGUGUUGUUUCUGCUACGCCAGGCGUUUCUCAAUCCGCAUCUGUUGACCCGCAGUCACUGGCAUCCUCGUCAGGAGCAUCAGCCUCCGGAGCACCUUCGUCAAGCGUUUUCUCGUCAGGGGCUGUUGGCUCUGUUUCGUCUUCGGGCUCUCCCCAAAGCUCGACAGCAGCUCCUGCCGUCUCCUCGUCAACAUUCCUGACUACUUCAGGCGGCUCAACCUUCUUGACUACAGUAGUCCAGACUUCAAGUGCUAUUCCGGAAAGCCAGGCAUUCCAGUCAAGCGGAACUGCGGCGUCCAGCGCAAGUGAUCUCGCCUCUGGAUCGCAGUCUGCUACUGCAAGCAUCUCAGUCUCACAGUCUGAGUUCGCUUCGUCCUCCGGCACUGCCCAAGUAUCUCCAAGCAUUGGCUCUAUCUCUUCAGAUCCGGUCGUCUCCAGUCAAUCUGCGGCAGAAACCCUCAGCUCCUCCGUGUCGAUCUCAGAUUUUGAUAUCUUCAGCUCAUCCUCAGCGCAAAGCCAGGCUAGCUCCGUGUCUGACUCUGCAUUCUCUAGCGGAACAUUCACUCAAUCUUCCGCUGCUCUCAGCUCGGAAAUUUCAUCAUUUGCGACCAUCUCUGAGAGUGCCAGCCCUGCUUCGUCAACAGGCCUUUUGACGUCCUCCGCUGAAACUCAGUCUGGCUUUACCUCCAGCUCUGAAGCACUCGGAGCUUCGUUCAUCUCUACGACUUUGACUUCCCUCAUCACAUCUGACGGAAUCACUUCGGUUUCAACGACUGUCCUUACGACGGCGAUUAGUGUUUCCCAGCCUACUGAGACAGCGUCAGGCAACACUUUGUCGCCUAGUGCCUCCUCGGCUCUGAGCUCAACAGAUCCAGACUUUGCAUCGCUCACGUUGUCUACCGCCAGUUCUGACAGUGCGACUAGCAACUCGGCCACAGAUGCUUCAGCGUCCUUGAGCGCGUCAACGGAGACGAGCAGCGCUAGCUUCGAAACAUCAGCUUCUGGUGCUUCCUCGUUCACGUUGUCCGACAUUACCUCAGCUUCGCUCAGUAGCGAGGCCACUAUUUCUGGAAGCACAGCCUCGGCCUCGGCCUCUGAUACAGACACUGCCCUGUCGAACGUUUUCACCAGCGCUUCGUCUUCAGAAUCUGUGGUCAUCACCGCUAGCACCGACUCUGCGGGCUCGUCAGCCACCACCUUCAGCUACACAGUCACCCCUGAGAGUGUCACCACAGACUCGGCGUCGAGCCUGUCUUCGGCCUUCUCCGAUUCGAGCUCAUUCGGCAGUGUCAGCGCCAGUGAGACAAACAGCGCCAGCACAACUGAUACUUUCAGCGAUGUCUUCCAGUCCACAGCCAGCACAGAUUCGGCGUCCUCUGAGAUUACCGGUUCCGCUAGUGAUAGCUUCACCAGCUUCGCUACAUCUUCUGACCCUGCCAGUGCUACCAGCACCAGCGCUUUCACAUCCGACCCUACGUCUUCAUUUGGAUCAACGUCAGUGGAGGAGGCUUCGUUCAUCACAACCAGUGACGGGACCUCGACCUUCGUCACUUCUGUCUCGAUCUCGAGCCCCACGACUCAGUCAUUCUCGGAUGAGACAUCAAGCGCUUUCUCAACGGAGUCAUCCAUCUCGGCGUCAGACCUGAGCUCAUCCGCUUUCACCACCGACUCGGCCUCUACUAACUCUGUGUCUGAUCUUACUUCUGGCUCUUUCAGCUCCGAGUUCUCCUCAAUCACCCCUACAUCGCUGUCUUCUGUCUCGGGCGAGUCCGCGUCUUCCGUCUCACUCACCGACUCUUCGGCGCUAGGCCAAUCCCUCGUGUCCACUUCGAGUGACGAGACAGGUUCGGCAACUCAGUCCACGGCACAGACAUCGGCAUCAUUCACCUUGCCGACAUUGACGUCCGUCACUGACUCUGCGUCUCUCUCCGAAUCCGACACGGCCUCCAGCUUCGUGACGCCUACGGUCUCGUCAGAGAGCACCAUCAGCACCGACUCGGACUCGUUGAUUAGCACCACUUCUGGACUUUCCACCACCGAUAGUGUUUCGACUGCGUCGGGCCUGUCGACUGACAGCUUCUCGUCCGCAUCGGCCCUUACAUCUCAGUCUGAGUCUGCUUCGUCCGCAAGCGAGUCCGGAUCAACUUCGCUGGACCUUGACACGUUGAUUAGCACGACAAACUCGGCUGAGUCAACGAUCUCCAGCGGCACAGAGACUCCAUCGACCUUGAGCUCUGCUUUCACAACGGAGUCUACGGAUUCCGCACUCUCAAGCAGCACGGAAUCGGCCUCUGGGGUCACCUCGGAUCUCACAACGGCAUCCACUGAAUCUGGUCUGUCCACAGCAUCAACUGAGUCCGGUUUCUCAACAGCAUCGACGGAAUCUGGCUUAUCCACAGCGUCAACUGAAUCGGGAGUCUCACAGACUUCCACAGCUUCAGACCCCACCAUUACCAUUAGCUUCAUCACAUCAUUGGAGACUACAGACUCGGCUGGUUUCCAGUCAUUCACCACCUUCACGACCAGCUCAGAAGUGAGCAUCUCGGCAGACUCAUCCGCCGCGACUAUUUCGAGUGAUACCGAGAGCACGUCUUUCACGUCGUUCUCUUCCGCCUCUGAGACUGACUCAGUCACCUCUCUUUCUUCCGACAGCGCGCUGAGCUCCUUCACGGAUAGCAGCUCAUUCUCGGUGGAGACCACCUCUGGCAACACUGUGUCCAGUGAAGACAUCUCUAGCGACACGGCCUCCACCCAGUCUGCCGUGUCGACAGACAGCACUUCAUCUGAUUCUCUCCAGGACAGAUCUCUGGAGUCAACAUCCACGGACAGCGGUACCGAGUCGACUCUGUCUAUUUCAACCGCUUCUGGUGAGAGUUCAAUCAGCUCGAGCGAUGCUACCACGACAUCCGGUUUCACGUCUAGCGAGACUGAAUCUUUCUCCACUCUGCCUAGUGCUUCCCCAGGCGCCACCACGAGUCUCUCAUCAGUUGAGACGGGCACCACAUCCAGCUUUUCUGCAUCUGAGUCGGACAUUACUUCAACGAGCCUGGACCCGUCGACCGGUUCCACCACGCUGGCAAGCGAGACUAUCAGUUCCGCAACCAGCCUGGAGCUCGACAGUCUGUCGUCCUCGACCGACUCUUUGUCUACUGGCUCUGUGAGCAGCGGCGAUAGCACGAUCUCCUCAUUUACAGACUCAGCCUCCACAGACUCAGCCUCGGCAGAAACCUCGUUCAGCUUGACGACAUCGACUUUCGAGUCUUCAGGGUCCUUGACUGAGUCGGUCUUCACUCUUACCCCUAGCACAACGAGCAACUCGUUCAGCUCAGAGUCAAUCGCCUCUGAGUCGAGUGACAGCUUGACUAGCGACAGCGCUUCAAUCACCGGUACCUCGGCGACAUUGACUGUCUCAAGUGAGACCGAUACUACACUAUUCGACAGCUUCUCUCCCACUUCGACGCUCUCUGGCGAGAGCACGGCAUCCACUGGAGACAGCACCUCGACUGAGAGCUUCUCAACAGAGAGUGCGUCGACGGACAGUAUCUCGACGGCUAGCAUCUCAACCGACAGCAUUUCCACCGAUAGCGCUUCGACUGCUAGUAUCUCUACCGACUCUAUCUCCACAGAUAGCAUCUCGACCGCUAGCAUUUCGACGGAUUCUAUCACAACAGAUAGUGCCUCAACUGACAGCUUCUCAACCGCCAGCGUUUCGACCGAAUCCAUCUCCACUGACAGUGUUGCCACGGACAGUCUCAUCACUGCAAGUGUAUCGACGGAUAGCAUUUCUUCCGACACUAUUACAGCGAGUGCCACUUUCUCAACCGACACUGCUUCCACCGAUAGCAUCUCUACGGACAGCGCCUCUACGGAUAGCAUUUCCUCCGACACUAUUACAGCGAGUGCCACCUUCUCAACUGACUCUGCAUCCACCGAUAGCAUCUCUACGGACAGUGUCUCCACGGAUAGCAUCGAUCCCCAGAGCCUUGUUUCCACUGAUUCUGCUUCAUCCGACAGCAGCGCAACCGGCUUGACGACUCUCAGCGAUGCUACUAGCACGACGGACUUUAGCGUGUCUCUCUCAACGGACUCCGUGACGAGCGCUUCGGACACUAGCGGUCUAACCACUGGAACUGAGUCGACAGACUCAAUAACGACUGCAUCGGAGACUAGCGCGUUUACCACUGGAACCGAAUCGACAGACUCAGUAACAAGCGCCUCGGACACAGCCAGCGGGCUGACUACUGGCACAGAGUCGACAGACUCGAUUACGACCGCAUCAGAAACCAGCGCUCUCACGACUGAAAGUGCGUCCACGGACUCGCUUUCUUCCUUGAGCGCGGCCACAAGUGACUCCAGCCAGUCAGUCGAGAGCCAGAUCUUCCAGACCGUAUCCUCUGAUAGCACCGCGUCGGCGUCGACCGCGACAGAGUCGACUCUGUCCGACAUCACAGCAUCAGAGAGCACGGUGUCAGAAAGCACGGCAACCGACAGCGCCUCAACUCAGAGCACGUUCUCUGACAGCAUUACGACCGGCAGCACUGCAACGGCCAGCACUACCAGCGAGACUGGAAUCACUUCCAGCAGCGAGAGUGUCUUGACUGAUGCUUUCACAACUGAGAGCACCGCAACGGACAGCACUGCUACAGAGAGCAUCACUUCUCAGAGCACGGCAUCAGACAGCGCCAUCACUCAGAGUCUGUCGACAGAGAGCACCGGCACAGACAGCACAGCCAGCGAGACUGGAGUAACUUCCAGCAGCGAGAGUGUGCUGACCGAUGCUUUCACAACUGAAAGUACGGCGACCGAUAGCAUCUCAACUUUGAGCACGGAAACUCAGAGCACAGCUACCGACAGUUCGGCAACCGACAGCAUCUCAACACAGAGCACCGCCUCAGAGAGCACGGCUACCGACAGCUCCGCAACUGACAUUUCAACGCAGAGCACUGCCACAGAGAGCACCGCGACCGAGUCCGGAGCUUCCACUAGUAGCGAGUCAGUUCUCACUGAUUCUCUCAUCACUUCCGCGACCGAAAGCAUCUCGACUCAGAGCACAGGAUCGGAUAGCACAGCAACUGAAACUGGAGUGUCCUCCAGCAGCGAGUCGGUCUUCACUGAUUCUCUCAUUACUUCAGCAACCGAUAGCAUCUCUUCACAGAGCACCGCCACAGAUAGGACUGCUUCUGAGACUGGCGUGUCUUCCUCCAGCGAGUCUGUUCUCACCGAUGCUUUCACAACUUCAGCUAGUGAGAGCACGGCAAGUGACAGCACGGCAUCAGGAAUCACAGCAACGGACAGCAUUUCAACAGACAGUACAGCUACAGAUAGUACAGCAAGUGAGACUGGAGCCUCGUCAAGCAGUGAGACGGUUCUUAGCGACGCCUUCACCACCUCAACUCAGGACUCGACAUCCUUGUCGGAAAGCAUCAGCGCUACGGUUAUCACUUCUGAUGGUAUCACAACCACGCUGUCAGAUCUUACCACUGCCUCCACAGACAGUGCCGCGUCAGACAGCUCCUUGUCAACAACUACCGACGCUUCUCAGACGGGCUCAGAUAUCUCCACCGCUAGCGAGAGCACUGCAUCUGGAGCCACGUCCUCAGACGCCACGGCCACAUCAUCGGGAGACAUUCUGUCUGAUAUUCUCUCGCUCAGCUCCACUGAUUCUGCGUCUUCGGCCAGCACUGCGUCAAUCACAGACGGGGAGUCAACGACUCAGCCAACCAUCAGCGCUACGGAGUCGGACCUCACAGCAUCAUCGACAGGAAUUACCUCAUCUGACGACCUUUCCACCGCGUCGACUGAUUCAUCUACUGGAGUUACCUCGGCCUUCUCAACAGACUCAGAAACAGCGACCGCAUCGGACGCUAGUAUCUCGUCUUCAGAGACUGCCUUGUCAAACGCAUUCUCAUCUCCCACAAGCGACUCCGAGACUGCUUCCACCACGCAGGAUACUUCUUCGGCAUUCACAGGAACGACAUUGUCAGACGGCCUUUCAAUCACCGCCACGGAUUCGACAACCCAGGUUAGCUCAACUGUCUCUUCCGAUGGAGAGACAGCCACCACCUCGGAUGCCAGCAUCUCCUCGUCAGAGACUGUCUUGUCGGAUGGCUUCUCUUCGACUACAGGUGAUGCAUCGACUGCGUCUGAUGUCUCUUCGACAGCGUCGGAUCCAACGGGCGAGAGCGCUACUCUCUCAGACACGCUCAUCACCAGCGCUCCUUCAACUUCGGAUACAGCCACCGCCAGCACUGCCGCUUCCUCGGACGACACCAGCUUGCUAUCGGAUGUGGUAUCAUCUACUGACAGUCUGACGACGGAUGGCGCAAGCUCCACGGAAGCCUCGGCGUCUUCCACGGACACCGUCACUUCCGCCGAUGCUACGGCCACGGAUAGCUCCAGUGUCCUUUCAGACCCAACCGCCUCAUCUGAUACUUUGACUUCAUUGUCGGCUACCUCCUCAGAUGACGCGCUAUCCAACGUCCUUUCAUCUACUGACGCUACUGCCACGUCGGACAGCAGCGCAUCAGACACUGCUUCGGCAUCUGACUCCGGCAUCACCAGUCCGGCAUCCCUCUCUGAGACGGACACGGCUUCCAUCACUUCAGAUGCUACUGGCGUUACUUCUUUGGAUUCCGAUCUCUCAACGCAAGCCACCUCUAAGGACUUAAUAACUGGCUUGUCUACCGACUCGGCUAGUGAAACAUCUGCCACUGGAGCCACGUCCAUCACCGAUCCCGCUUCGUCUGCUACCGGCGACCUUUCUAUCGAUCCUGAUCUGCUCACCCAGGACAGCUCUACGGAUUCUCUCACGGCAUCUACGACCGAUCCAGCUAGUGACACAGCAUCAACCGAUGUUUCAUCUGCCACUGACAUUACGUCUGCCACUGACAUUACGUCUGCCACUGACAUUACGUCUGCCACUGACAUUACGUCUGCCACUGACAUUACGUCUGCCACUGAUAGUGCUUCUACUACCGACAGUGCUUCUGCCACUGAUAGUGCUUCUGCUACCGAUAGUGCUUCUGCUACCGACAGUGCUUCUGCCACCGAUGUUGCAUCUUCCGCAACUGGUAGCAUUUCCGUGGAUCCUGAUCUCCAGAGCCUCACCUCAACCGGUGGAGUUACGUCCUCUGAGAGCGGCGCGACAGCAGACCCGACUUCCUCCGCAUCUCUCACCGACAGCGCCAUCUCGGCCACCGGCACGUCGCAGACUGACAGUCUGUCGACUCAAGCCAGCACGACAGAUGAUUCUCUAUCAUCAUUGACUAGCGCGUUGAGCGAUGCUCUCACGUCAUCAGAGUCAACGGCGUCGGUGUCGGCCAGCGCGACAGAUUCAGCCAGCUUGACGGACCCGGCGAGCGCAACGGACUCGGCCAGUGCUACCGACUCAGACACGGCCUUGCCGGCUAGUUUGACGUCGAGUGGUGCAGCUUCGGUUACGAGCUCAGCGGGCGAGAGCAACACGGAUAUCUCAGUCUCGGCUACUGAGACUUCAUCGGCCUCAUUGACAACUUCAGAAGACGCUACCAGCUCCCUGGAAACAGCAUCGGUUACGGGAACUGCCUCAGCGACGAGCUCAGCUGACGAGGACAUUCUAUCCUCACUUCUCAGCUCAACAGCAUCUGAUUCAGUCACAUCGUCGGACACAGGAGCCUCAGCUACGACAGAUAGCACAGCAUCCCUGACGACCGCGGAAUCUUCCAACGACUUGUCGUCUGUGCUGAGCUCUACUUCGUCGCCCACGGCCACUCUUCCCGUCGACACCCAGAUUCUGCAGAGCACCACGUCCUCUUCCACUGGUUUGGCAUCAUCAGAGAGCGCGGCCGCAUCUUCGGCUAGCUCUGCAGCCAGCGAGGCGUCCUCAUCUCAAGCAGAGUCGGCCUCCAGCUCCCAGGGUGCCAGCAGCAUCGCUUCUUCGGCAACCACAAGCGGUCCAUCAGCCACCACUGCGCUCUUUGACACAAUCUCGAUUCCUUACACUGGAUCAAUCGGCGCUUCUGGCACUAUCCCACUUACCACCUUCCUACCGACAGGUACAGGACGUGGAACAGUUGUGGUGGGCACCAACCCUGCAGCCUUCGUGACGUCGACUGUCAGCGCCGGUAUAUCGUUGAACGCAGCGGUAGAAAUCGCAAGUCUUGUGACGGUCUCAAUUAUUGCCCCUAUUGGAACCUUGCCUGGAGUUUUCAUCGUGUCGCCUGUACUCAGGGCACGCUUCCUGACCACCACGGUUCGGUACACGCCUACUGCAGGAGAGCAGAUCACCGCACCGACGGUCCUGACAUCGCUUGAUCCCUCAGGAACUGCUCCGGGAAUAAUUGUCAUUGCUGCCCCUGAGUCUUUCUUCUCAACGACGGAUGCCGCUACAUCGGCUGCUACGACAGAUCCAUCAGUCAGUGACGCCAGCACCGACGCAUCAGCGUUGCCCUCGUCUUUGCCUGCGACAGCCACUCAGACGGCAUCAACCUCACUGGAUCUGGACAUUCUUUCCUCAACUUCUGCAAACUCCCCAACUUCUGCCUCGGCCUCAGAAGACCCAACGGCUACCUCGUCAGGCUCAACUGGCGAGAGCUCGUUAGUCGCUACACCGACAUCGGAUGCCACGGGAACUGGCUCCGAUCCUUCUUCGGCUACAGCCUCUGGAGACGCAUCCACAUCCUCGGGCGCUCUUCCCGCUAGUCUCACGAGCCUCUUGUCGUCUGCCACUGAUGUUGCCUCAGAGACCCAAGCUACUACAGGUCCUGCCUCCUCAGUUGCCUCGCCUUCAGCUUCAAUCAGCCUGGACGACGACUUGACCUCCAGCACCGCCUUCUCUAGCGCUUCGAACCCUGCGACCGACUCAUCCAUCAUCGCCAGCAGCUCAACAGACUCUGCACUUGGUCAAGAGACCGUAAGCUCAUCUGCGGGCGCUACCACGUCCAACGGGGGUUCCUCGGCAGGCUUGACAAGCAACGUUUCACCGACAGCUUCCGUGUCCGGUGAUCCCACUGAAGCCACGCCUGGUAGCACGUCUAUUCCCGAGACUUCGGUCGCAUCAACCGCCUCGGCCGGCGCUACGAGCGAGGCUUCUCAGGCAUCAAGCGGUAGCAGUGCUCAAGAUACCGCUGCUCAGUCAAGCACCGAUCCUCUGGGUGCCACCCUGCUGCCAACGUCGUCUGGCGCAGGUUCAUCACCAGUUGCUUCAGCAGAUGCGUCCAGCACUUCGGCAGAGGUCACAAGCCAAGACACCGUCAGCUCUGUUGCAACCACUGCCGCCACAGGUGCGCAGUCCGCGAGCGCUUCAAGCCUCGCUGGAACCUCUACCGAGCCCGCUGUCAGUGCAAGCAGCGCACAAGAUACCUCGGUUUCGGUAUCUGCUAGUGCGACAGAAGUCAUCUCCCAGACAAGCGCAGCCAGCUCUGCGGUCUCAUCGAGCGCAGCCGCUUCAACCGCUUCAGAAAGUGUCGACGAUCAGAUCUUCAGCUCCACGGCUAUCUCGUCCGGUGGUCCCAUCUCUUCAACGGCAACUGCCACUUCCGCCUCGGUCGAUCCUCAAAGCCUUACGGCAUCGGCAAGCUCAUCGGAGGGCAGUCUCAUCCCGUCAAGCACGCAGGCCACUGUGGGAUCGGGUACGAGCACGUCGCCGGCCAUUGAGUCAACUAGCUCCCAGGAGUCUGUCAUUCAGUCCAGCUCAGCUGAACCUACGGUCGCAUCUUCCCUUGGUGCUAGCUCCAGCGCGAUCCAGUCUGCAUCCUCAGAGAUCGCAAGCUCUUCAGCCGCGCUGUCCAGCGCAGCCGCAUCAUCUGCUCAAGCCAGCUCCUCCUCAAGCGAGCUCGUGGAGUCAAACAUCUUGGGCUCCUCGCAGCAGUCGACAGCCGUCGCUUCUACUUCAAGCAACGGUGCCACCUCUGCGUCCAGCCCGGCGGCAUCUAGCAUAGAGCCAUCCGCUUCGGCCACAUCAGCCGCGGUCUCCUCGGCCAUCCCGUCUUCCACCAUUCCGGCAUCCAGCACCCCGGCUUCAAUUAGCUCCUCCGUCUUCUCAACAUCCCAAGAGCUUGACACCAUCAUCCCCAGUUCGACAGCUGCUGUAUCAAGCUCACAGGCUGCGGCAUCAAGCUCUGUGGCUGCAAGCUCCUCGGCCGCCAACUCUGCCCAGAGUUCUGCUGCUUCCAGCUUGUCUUCGUCAAACGCUGCAGUCUCAAGCUCUGCUAUUUCGAGCGCACCAGCUACUUCAUCAGAAACAGGUCUCGACAACAUUCUGUCCUCGUCAAGCUUGGCCGGUGCUUCAAGCUCCGCUGCUGUCUCUUCUGCACAGGUUUCCUUGUCACCUGCAGUUUCGGCCAGCGCAACUCCCUCGGGCGUCUCUUCAGUCUUGUCGUCAGCUAGCUCUGCAGCCGCUUCUUCAGCAGCCGCAUCAGCUGCCUCGUCUGUUGUCUCAUCGAGCAUCGCAUCCAGCAACGCGGCAAGUGCUCAGGCAAGCAGCUCUGCAGCCAAUCCUUCAAGCAGUCUCACCGGCCUUGACAACAUCUUGUCUAGUUCCUCGACUGCUGCCCCCGCAGUUUCGUCUAGUUCAGCUGCCGCAUCAGCAUCUCAGUCUUCCUCAGCGGCUGCUUCCUCUGCGGCGGCUUCCUCUGCGGCAUCAUCUGCACCCGCAAGCAGCGCAGCUGCCAGCUCAUCAGCCAUCUCGUCGGCUGUAUCGUCAGCAAUCUCGUCAGCUGCAGCUUCAGCCAGCAGCUCUGCUGUCAAUCCUUCAAGUAGCAUCUCCGGCCUAGACAACAUCUUGUCUAGUUCCUCAACCGCCGCCCUCGCACCUUCAUCCACCGCUGCCUCGCCAGUGGCCUCAUCCUCAUCUCCCGCUGCACAAACGAGCAGCGCAGCAGCAAGUGCGUCGGCCAGCGCCGCAGCUGCCUCAUCAGCAGCGUCAGCAGCGGUGUCUUCAGCUAGCAGAUCAAGCAGUUCAGCCGUUGCUCAAGCCAGCAGUUCAGCUGCCAACCCUUCGAGUAGCCUCUCAGGCCUUGACAACGUCUUGGCCAGCUCGACUACUUCUUCUGUCCGAUCAUCAUCUGCGCCUGCCUCGGCAGCGGCAUCUUCUUCAGCUCAGCCCGCAGCUGCCUCAAGCUCCGCAGCUGCAUCAUCCGCAGCAGCACCAGCAGCUUCAUCAUCCUCGGCGGUGCGGUCCUCCUCUGCAGCCGCAGCUCAAAGUAGUUCUGCAUCACCGUCGGUCAACGCGGCCUACGUCACAUCGCAGGUGUUCAGCGCCGGUAUCACCGCCCCUACGACUAUAUCCACUGUCGCGCCGCAGGGAAGUGCCGCUGGUACAUAUAUCGUGGCCCAGCCAGCGCUUUUCGUCACCUCUCAGGUGUUUAGUGCUGGCAUCACCGCCCCUACGACCGUCGCAACUGUCGCGCCGCAGGGCACUGCUGCUGGUACAUAUGUUGUGGCCCAGCCCGCGCUGUUCGUCACAUCACAGGUUUUCAGCGCUGGUCUCACUGCUACCUCAACAAUCUCGACCAUUGCGCCACAGGGUACCGCUCCUGGCACUUACAUCGUGGCCCAGCCUGCUCUCUUCGUCACCUCUCGGGUGAUUAGCGCUGGUAUCACCGCUCCCUCGACAAUCUCAACUAUCGCGCCGCAGGGCAGUGCCGCUGGCACGUAUGUCGUAGUCCAACCUGCGGUCUUCGUCACUUCUCAGGUUCUCUACACUGGAGGUGACCCAGCUGUGACCGCUCCAACCGCAAUCUCGACGAUUGCGCCCUCUGGAACGGCACCGGGCACUGUGAUCGUCGCCUCUCCUGGAUCGUACGUCACCUCACGAGUUCUGUACACUGGAACGAAUACAGCAGUCACAGGACCAACUCGAAUCUCAACCAUCCUUCCGUCAGGAUCAGUGGCUGGAACAAUCAUUGAGGCCGAUCCUGCUUCGUACAUCACCACGACAGUGCAGUACAGCGGCCCGAGUACUCUGACUGGUCCCGUUGCAAUUUCCACCAUCGCCCCUACUGGAGUCGGCGCUCCUGGAACGAUCAUUGUUGCGACACCAGCAGCAGUCUUCGUGACCUCUCAAGUGCCGUACGGUGGUACAGUUGCUCUUACGGCGCCGACAACAAUCGCGACCAUAGCUCCUAGCGGAACGAACCCGGGCACAUACCUCGUUGCUAGCCAAGCCCUUCUCUUUGUCACUUCUCAAGUGGCAUACAGCGGCACAGCUGCCAUCACAGCGCCUACAACGAUAGCAACGAUUCCACCUAUCGGCACUAAUGCCGGCACUUACAUCGUGGCGACUCAGGCAGCCCUAUUUGCUACUUCUCAGGUCGCCUAUAGCGGUACAGCAGCUAUCACAGCUCCCACCACGAUCUCGACCAUUGCUCCGGUUGGCACCAACGCAGGAACAUAUAUCGUGGCGAACCCGGCCCUAUUUAUCACUUCUCAGGUGGCGUAUAGUGGCACAGCCCCCAUCACAGCGCCUACAACGAUAGCAACUAUUCCACCAGUCGGCACUAAUGCAGGCACUUACAUUGUGGCGACCCAGGCAGCCCUUUUCGUCACUUCGCAGGUUGCGUACAGUGGCACGGCAGCUAUCACAGCUCCAACCACGAUCUCGACAGUUGCUCCGGUUGGCACGAACGCAGGCACCUACAUUGUCGCCAACCCGGCUCUCUUCGUUACUUCCCAGGUUGCCUACACAGGUACGGCUGCGAUCACAGCACCAACUACCAUCUCAACAAUCGCGCCUGUGGGUACGAACGCAGGCACUUACGUGGUUGCUGCUCGUUUCAUCACUUCUGCGGUGGUAUACAGCGGCUCAAGCUCGAUCACUGGCCCUGUCCCAGUUGCAACUGUCCAACCAAGCGGCACGGCUCCGGGAGUUGUCGUGGUUGCUUAUCCGGCUUUGUUCGUCACGUCAACUCAGGCGUACUCAGGAACUGUGCCGAUCACAGGCCCAACAACUAUCACGACGAUUGCUCAGCAAGGCACUGUUCCAGCCACCGUGGUCGUGGCAACUCCGGCCCAGCAGGCCUCUUACGUCACUUCAACUCUCUUCCUCACGGCAGCUAACGCUGCCUCAACGACAAUCACAACAAUUUCACCGGCAGGUACUGCACCUGGUACAGUCGUCGUCGGUCUUCCGGCUCUCUUCGUGACGGUCGUCGGUCCAUACAGUGGCACUGCCACACCGACAGGCUCCACAACAGUUUCCAUUGUCCAGCCAUCAGGAACCGCGCCGGGCACUGUGUAUGUCCAAACGCCUACGUCGGCAUCUGCAGUGGCAGCAUCAAGCACACCUGUUCUCGGCCAAAGCUUAGUAGCCAGCUCAACAGCAGCCGCUGCUGCUUCAUCCAGUAGUCUGUCCACUCUGGUUACCAGAGCGGCUACUUCUUCUUCCUCGUCUGCCGCUGCAUUGGGUCAGUCAUUGGUAGCUUCAUCUUCAGCAGCCGCGGCCGCCUCCUCUGCAAGAUCAUCAACAAGCUCUGCAGCGGCGGUGGUGGCGUCAUCGUCCUCUUCAGCACUAUCUGCAAGAGCUGUGUCUUCGUCUCUGUCAAGCUCCGCUGCCGCUGUGUCUUCGUCAAGUAGAGCCGCAGGCAGUAGCAGCAGCAGUAGCUCCAGCAUCAGAUCUACGUCUACCUCAUCAAUCAGUCGAUCGGUAGCGUCAGCCACAGCGGGAGCCGCAUUCUCUUGCCCCACAACUGGAUACUUAGUUCAAAGCGGCAGCAGUGUGACCUUGUACUCUAUCAACCUUGCCAAUGGUGCUCAGACAGUAGUCACAAGCAACCUCGGCGGCGACAACACUCGCAACAUCAACGCCCUUGGUUACAACUCUCGAGAAGAUUACAUGUACGCCAUUUCUCAGCCCAACACCGGAACGAGCGACUACCGCGUCAUCCGUAUCCUUGGCAACGGCAACACGACAACAGUGUCCACAUUUACUCAGGCAUCUAAGCUGUACAACGCUGCCUUCAACACCGGAGAUGUCGACCAAAAUGGUCAGUACUGGAUCUCAACCAGCGGUAUCGACUGGUACCAGUACGACUUCUUGCCUGGUUCGGCCACGUACGGAAGACUGGUUGGAUCAGGACUGGUUGACGGCGGAGCCGAUGGGUACACCGUGGGAGACUGGAGUGUUGUUCCUGGAUCCGGAGGUGGAGAUCUUUGGACAAUCGGUGUCAAGAACUUCAACUGCGUCCUCAUGAGAUGGAGCCGCACCACCAAGGACUGGACCAUCGGACAGAGCCUGGGCGCUUUGACCGGUGUCACAUCCGGAACCGCACCAUUCUGGGGUGCUACCUACGCUACGACUGACGGAUACCUCUACGCCGUUGAGAACAACUCCGGACAGGUCUGGAGAAUCGACGUCGACGGAUCAUCUCCUCCGGUUCAACAAACGAGCGUACCGUCUACGAGCAGGAACGAUGGAGCCAGAUGUUUGGAUUCAGGAAGCGUCUAA